GGCCAAUCAGAAUCGAGAUGGCCACUAUUGGCCGGCUGAAUUGAUUUGCCAGUGGAUGCUCUGUUAUUGAAAUAUCCUUCCAUUCGAGAAGAGCCUUUAGCAAGUUUAACCACUACUCAAAAACUGCUCUCUAGCUUUUGAUAACGGUCGUUAGCAUAUUUCAAAAAAAAAAGUUCUGCAAAAAUUUCAAAAAUUUUGUUUGCUUAAACAAAAAGUAUAAUAUCUUCGAAAAUCAUCUCUAAAGAUACUAAAAUAAUCAAAAAUAACCAAAAAUUACUCUGAAUAUUUUGUUAUAAAUUUUUACAUUCUUUUCAAACCAGUUAUUCAUAAUUUCAUAUAACUUGCUGAGUAAUUACAACAAAAAACAAAACUUAUCGUCACUUUUUGAAUUCAAUUUGAAUUUAUACUUUUAAACUCAAUCAUUUUUGAGUUUAUAACUUGGUAGAGUUAUACCAUAAGUGCAAUAAAAUUGCAAAUGACGCUUAGCCCGAAAAACUCAGCUGCCGGUUUCUCAGUAACGGACAUUUUGAACCCCCUCGAAGAGUACAACAAGCGAUCUUCUCUUAUGGACUCGACCGCCUUGAACUUCGCAUCUAUGGGGUACCGAGCCCAGCACUCCUCCCCCCAUAACCCCCAAGUAGGGGGCAACAACGCUGCCCAAAAUGCAAUGCAAAAUGUGAAUGCUUCUGCCAUUACAAGUCCAUAUAUGGCAGCUCAGAUGGCGGCUGCGGGGAACUUUGGCGCCCAUUCUAUGAUGGCGGCGGCUGCGAAUAGCAGUGCAGCGGCGGCGUAUUGCAACCCGAAUGCGAUUUCGGAUAUAAACCAGAGCUUCGCGGGACUAGCGCAGUAUGACCACUUCGGAAGGCAUUCGUCCAUGGCUGGGGCUAAUGUAUCUGGGUGGGGAUAUGCGCCAUCGGCUGAUCCCAGGCUAUCAUUUUCGCGUUUGAUGCACUCGAGUAAUGGCAUGGGUAUGGGUUCUAUGGGCUCAAUGGGCAUGACUAUGAGCUCUUUCGGUGCCCUGGGCGACCCCUCCAAAAUGCUCUCUUCUCAGAGACGGAAAAGAAGAGUUCUGUUCACACAAGCACAAGUGUAUGAGUUGGAGAGGAGGUUCAAACAGCAGAAGUAUCUGAGUGCACCUGAGAGGGAAGCUCUAGCACAGGGAAUCAAUUUGACACCAACUCAGGUUAAGAUCUGGUUUCAAAACCACCGAUACAAGUGCAAACGAGCCAGCAAAGAACGACAAGCUGCCAACUCCAACGAGAGCGGAGGCGACAAAUCAAACGGGGACAGAAAUGUCAAACUAGAAAACAAAGACCCCGAUGCGGACUCACUCGUGGACCCUAAUGAUUCGGAUGGUCAUGUAGGAUCCCCUUUGAAUGACGAAGACUUCACUCAAGAUCAAGUUAAAAACCAACUUCUGGCUAACUACGCUAAUGCAGCUCACGUACAACAGCAGCAACAAGCAGCGACUCAAUUGCAAACUCAAGGGUAUCCUGGACAACAAGGUCUGCAAGGGAACCCAGUGACGGGAACCCUGAAUGAUAUGUCGAGGUGUCCGGUAAUCCAACCAGCGUUGGGAUCCGUUGCGAAUCCUGUGAAUUACUCCUCAGAUGCAAACAAUUUGGCUCUUUUUCAGAACUCUCUCGGAACCCGAUGGUAGUCGGGUCCAAAAAUAUUCCCUCAAACUCGUUCUGGAAUUCGAAAAUUUCCGCCUGAAUAAAAACUGAAAACUGUGAUCAAUUCGGUGUGAAAUAUUUAUACAGUGUGAAAACUCUAUCGAUGCAAUAUUUCUUAUUUUUGAGCUCAUUUCAUUUUUCUCGCAAAUUUUGUGAAAGUGCAGGAAAAAAUCAAAAGUUGACCUUUUGAAGCCUCUGAAUAUCUUCACUGAAGUCCAUUAUUUUAUCAUUAGCGUCAACAAAAAAUGCAGUUGAUUUCAAAAAGUUUGGGCGAGUUUUUGGAAAAGCCAAACGAAAAUAAGUACAAAUCAUCUGUAAACCACCUUAGAUAAGUAGCUUGAAUAAUUGGCAUCUCUGAAUAAAUUUAUCACUCUACUUUGUUGAUUAUGAUUGCUCUCUGAACUUAUAAAAUAUUCUUUUCAUCAUCAAAUGUUUUGCUACUGAUGUUUUAAUAACAUUAUCCCA